GGAAGUGACGUACAGGGGGCGGUCGUCGCCGAGGUGACCGUCGGCCGCGGCCGCUCGACGUCCGUCCUGAGGAGCAGAGGCGCCUCGGAGCCCAGCAUGUCCAGCGAGGUGGUGGAAGACGAGGCCCAGUUCUACACGAAGGCGGAGAAGUACUGGAAGGACGUCCCGCCCACGGUGGACGGCAUGCUCGGAGGGUACGGCCACAUCUCCAGCAUCGACAUCAACAGCUCCAAGAAGUUCCUCCAGCGGUUCCUGAGGGAAGGCCCGAACCGAACGGGAACCACCCGCGCUUUGGACUGCGGCGCCGGGAUCGGGCGGAUCACCAAGAGGCUGCUCUUACCCCUGUUCAAAGUGGUGGACAUGGUGGACGUGACGGAGGACUUUCUGACUAAGGCCAAGACCUAUUUGGGAGAGGAGGGCAAGCGGGUAAGGAACUAUUUCUGCUGUGGCCUGCAGGACUUCAGCCCCGAGCCUAACUCGUACGAUGUCAUCUGGAUCCAGUGGGUGAUAGGCCACCUGACGGACGAGCACCUGGCCGACUUCCUGCGGCGCUGCAAGCUGGGCCUGAGGCCCAACGGCAUCAUCGUCAUCAAAGACAACAUGGCCCAGGAGGGCGUGAUCAUGGACGACGUGGACAGCAGCGUGUGCCGGGACCUCGAGGUGGUGCGCAGGAUCGUCCGCCUCGCGGGCCUCAACCUCCUGGCCGAGGAGCGGCAGGAGAACUUCCCCGACGAGAUCUACCACGUCUACAGCUUCGCCUUGAGAUGAGGCCCGGCCCGGAGGGAAAGGACCUCACGGACCGGCUAGGUACAGCGGGGCCGGGCUGGGUGGGUGGGCAUCACUCCGUGGUGGCCGUCUGCCCGCUCUGCUGAGGCGCACGGGCGGUUGCCAAAGGUUACAAGGCCGCCCUCCUCUUGCUGCCCGGGUGGCGGAGAGCUGAACCGGCUCUGCAGAUUGCUUGGUUCUCUCCCGGGUUUAAAACCAAAUCACCCCGCUAGCUGCCGUGGUCCCCGAAGUGGGACUCGCACCUCACUUUUUCCCAGCUCUAGGAGCUGCGUGGCCAGAGCCGGAGGAGGCCGGAGCUCUCUGCCUCUCAAAGAAGCAGUUCGGGCCCCCAACUUGCCCUGACAGGUGCGAGGGAGGGGGCCCGCUGGCCUCGGCGGUGUGUCAGUUGCCCCGUCUCUGUGCCUUUACCGUUCUCCCCCCAGAAAUAAAAAGCGAACUCGUGCGUGAGCUCUCC